AUGGAUGCUACACCAGGAAAAAAUGUUAAUUUAGUCAACCGUAAAGUUAGUGCCUUUCACCUUACCUCAUUGGAAGACCAUGAGAAGGUGAAAGAAUUUUUUGUUAAAGAGGGUAUACAUUUUUAUACCCAUGCUCCAAAAGGCCAAACACCGUACUCCGUAGUCAUGGAGGGCCUAUCGGACACCUACGACACUACACAUGUUGAGGAUGGGCUCAAAGCUUUGAACCUAAACCUCGACAUUAAACGUGUCACUAAACUGGGGGGAAACAAAUUCCUGAUCCACUUGGGCAAAGGAUCGGAUAUUAACGGCCUGUACAAAGUACGCCGUGUCCUCACAGGCAAUGUCCUUUUCCGAAAGGACAAGAAAAAAGGUCUCACGCAAUGCCACAAUUGCCAAAGACACUAUCAUGUGUCCGUAAAUUGUGGCAUGCCAUAUUGUUGCGUUAAAUGCGCAGGUGACCAUGGCAAAGGGAAAUGCAAAAUUCCCAAGGGCGUUAAUAAGCCUACAAUGAUACCUGUAACUGACCCAGUUACAGGUAAGGUUACUAUGCGGCCAGAUUACGUUUUCAAAUGCGUAAACUGCAACCGUACUGGACAUGCCGCAAAUGCUCGCGACUGUCCAACUCGUCUCAAACUUUUAGCUAAAGCAGCUGAAAGUAAGGCCAAAAAAACUGCGAAGUUUACACCAGAAGCUAGCUUCCCUAUAAAUAGUGGUAAGAUACAGCCUGGUGUGUCGUUUGCUUCUGCAACAACGACAAAAACUCCAUCUGCGCCCAAAGUUACAACUCUGGGCCAACAACAGCCCAAAGCUAACAUAACUUUGGGCCAGCAACAAUCCUUAGGGCAAGUUGUUAGUGGGUUCACUCUUUUUGAUGAACUCUGCAAUGAAAUCUUUGGAAAAGAUUUCCUGACCUCUAUCAUGCAGGUUCGUCAAUUCUCUGAGGAACUCAAGAGUAAGGACAAAGCGAGCCAGGCGAAAGCCAUGGUCUCGCUAGUAGGUAUGUUAGGUAUAAAUGGUUAG